GAGGAGGUCUGUGUCAGUGUGCACCGUGCGCACCGGGCGUCUGUCCUUCUCCACCUCACCGAGGAGUCGUGUUAGAUUAAAGCGGAGAUUCACCGGCUGUGUUUAACACUCGUUUUAAAGAAGAAGAAAAUAAAAAUGGACCCGCUGGUUGCUGCUAUUGAUCAGGGCACGAGCUCCACGAGGUUUCUGGUGUUCAACGCAAAAACAGCUGAACUGAUCAGUCACCACCAAGUAGAGAUCAACCAGAGUUUCCCCAAAGAGGGAUGGGUGGAGGAGGACCCGCGGGAGAUCAUGCAGUCUGUUCACGAGUGCAUCGAGAGGACCUGUGAGAAGCUCUGCAAGCUCAACAUCGACGUCUCCAACAUCAAAGCGGUGGGAGUGACCAAUCAGAGAGAGACGACCCUGGUUUGGGACAAAGACACCGGCGAGCCGCUCUACAACGCCAUCGUUUGGCUGGACCUUCGUACUCAGUCGACGGUAGAGAGGCUCAUUAACAAAGCUCCGGGAAGAAACAAGAACCACCUCAGGCAUAAAACAGGCCUUCCCAUCAGCACUUACUUCAGUGCAGUGAAGCUGCGAUGGCUGCUGGACAACGUGGACGAGGUGCAUGAGGCUUUCCUGAGCCAGCGUGCCAUGUUUGGCACGGUGGACUCCUGGAUCAUCUGGUGUCUAACAGGGGGAAAGAACGGCGGGGUCCACUGUACAGACGUUUCAAACGCCAGUCGCACCAUGCUCUUCAACAUUCACACCAUGGACUGGGAUCCUGAACUCUGCAGGUACUUUGACAUCCCGAUGGAAAUCCUGCCCAGCGUCAGAAGCUCGUCUGAGAUAUACGGCUGGAUGAAAUCCGGCUCACUUGCAGGAGUUCCAAUUUCAGGGUGUCUCGGUGACCAGUCGGCUGCUCUGGUUGGUCAGAUGUGCUUCAACGAAGGCCAGGCCAAAAACACGUAUGGGACUGGCUGCUUCCUGCUCAGAAACACAGGCACCAAGCCUGUGAUCUCAGACCACGGCCUGCUCACCACAGUUGCCUACAAACUGGGAAAAGACGAGCCGGCCUGCUAUGCCCUCGAGGGGUCGGUGGCCAUAGCAGGAGCAGUGGUACGGUGGUUGAAGGACAACAUGGGGAUGGUGCAGUCGUCCUCAGAGAUCGAGAAACUGGCAGCGGCAGUAGGAACGUCGUACGGCUGUUACUUCGUGCCAGCUUUUUCGGGGCUCUACGCCCCCUACUGGGAGCCCAGCGCAAGAGGCAUCAUCUGUGGGCUCACACAGUUCACCAACAGGAACCACUUGGCAUUCGCUGCUCUGGAGGCCGUCUGCUUCCAGACCAGAGAGAUUCUUGAUGCAAUGAAUCAGGACAGCGGGGUCCCUCUGACGCAGCUUAAGGUGGACGGAGGGAUGACGUCAAACAGAUUACUGAUGCAGCUGCAGGCCGACAUCCUCUGCAUCCCUGUAGUUCGACCCACCAUGUCCGAGACCACAGCUCUGGGUGUAGCCAUGGCGGCGGGGGCAGCAGAGGGCGUAGGCGUAUGGAGCCUGAGUCCCGGUCAGCUCCCACAUGUCACAUCUGAGAGAUACGAGCCUCAGAUAAACCCUGAGGAGAGCGAGUACCGCUUCGCUCGCUGGAAGAAGGCCGUCCAGAAAGCCAUGAACUGGGAGACCACAGAGCCCUGCUACAACGGCAGCGGUCACUCGCAGUAACUUUAAACUGUGUGGAGCCACAUUUUGGGGGGAACAUGAUUGUGGAGUACGGUGAAGACGGGACUGGCGACUGCUCGAUCCAGCCUGCGGUCAUCUUCAGUGACGUGCAGCCUCUCAAAUGCUCUGAACAUACAGCGAGCUUUUCACGAAGAAAGACAGGAACAGUUUCUACACCGUCCAGUUAAAACAAACAUGCCUUCAACACAGAGACUGCUGUAACUCCUCACUGCACCCAAAGGGAACCCUGGACUUUAUUUUGAAUGUGUUCUGUACAUGAUGUUGAUGUUUAACCCCCAAACACGGAACAGAAGUCACUCAUGGAGGGGACAAGUACUUUUAAGUCAGAAAACCGUCCUUUAAAAAAAGAAAAUUCAUUGUAAUUUACUGCACUUCAUUAACUACAAUCUGAAAGCCAGCCAAUUCUUAACAGCACUUUAUAAUUUAUCCUGUUUGUGGAAAGCAUUUUUUUUUUAAAUCAUUUGAUGUUUUGAAGAAACAGGACUUUGACUCCUUUAUAAUUAAUUAUAACACUUGAUGACCUUAGAAGAUCUGAGCUGUGGCACGAGCCAUAAAUACCUGGAGGAUCAUUUUCCAUGAGACUUAAGCUUGUCUGUGAAAGGGGGAAACGUGGCGACUGUUAAAUCCUGCUGAUUUAUUACUGCUGUUUGAACCCUUCAUAUUACCAGGAUGUCUCAAAAAGUUGUCCAAGUCAGAAUAAACACAAAAUGUA